UGACAGUACCUUCUCGCAUGGUCGCGAGCUCAUCUCAAAACACCAUGCGAAGGAUGGCGGAGGAGAUCCAACCUGCCAAGGAGCAGAGCUCCUGGAUUUUAAGUUGGCUUCCCUCUUGGUGCCCCACUUCUCCCUCUCAGCUGAAAGAUGCAGAGGAAAAAAUGCUCAAGAGUGUGAAGCGGCCUUUCUCCAGGCAGCACGUCCGCAUAUCCAACAGCAACUAUCUGUGGACUUUAGCCUUCUCCACUCAGCCAUGCUCUGUCCCCCAGCCCCCCGCCCAACCCAGGCCUCCUCUGGUUCUGCUGCACGGCUUUGGAGGUGGUGUUGCCCUUUGGGCCCAAAACCUGGACUCUCUCUCCAGCAGUGAACCGGUCUACACUCUAGACCUGCUGGGCUUUGGCAGGAGCAGCCGGCCCCAGUUCAGCACCGACCCUGAGGAGGCCGAGGAGCAGUUUGUGGCAGCCCUGGAGGAGUGGAGGGAGAAGGUGGGACUGGAGGAGAUGGUGCUACUGGGACACAACCUCGGAGGAUACCUGUCUGCUGCCUACACACUCAAAUACCCACACAGGGUUAAACAUCUGCUGCUAGUGGAGCCAUGGGGCUUCCCAGCACGUCCAGACAACCCCAACCACAACUCCAUCCCAAUGUGGAUCAGAGCCAUGGGGGCUGUUAUGAGCCCCUUCAACCCUUUGGCUGGACUCAGACUGGCUGGGCCUCUAGGUCCAAUGCUGGUCCAGACCAUCCGCUCAGACUUCAAGCAGAAAUACUCGUCUGUGUUUGACGACAACACGGUGUCGGACUACAUCUACCACCUGAACGCUCAGACUCCAAGUGGAGAAACAGCCUUUAAGAACAUGACCAUCCCAUAUGGCUGGGCCAAGAGGCCCAUGCUGGAGAGGAUUGGACAGGUUCGGGCCGACAUUCCUAUUUCCUUCAUCUACGGAUCACGCUCCAGCAUUGACAGUGACUCUGGAUACGCGUUCAAGAAAACCAGGCCAGAUGUGCAAAUCAAGGUGAUCAGAGGAGCAGGCCAUUAUGUUUUCGCCGACCAGCCUGAAGACUUUAACCAGACGGUCCUUCAGAUCCUCGCUAGGACGGAGAAGAAAAGCCAGGACGAGGGAGCGAAGCAGUGAGAGGUUUAACUGAGCCAAAGUCAUGACACGGCCUCAGCUGUUUGACUUUUCGCCUCUUUAUCAUGCACUUUACUCUGAAGAGAGAAGCAGCACUGACCGAGGACUCUUCACUUAUCAUUCCUGAGGUCAGAUGAUGCCCCGGGUUUCUGUAUCCAACCUCAUGUAAAGUUUUGUAAAUAAAUGUGAGAUGCA